CGCCGCUCUCGGCCAAUGGGGGCGGGGCGGGGAGGGUCACGUGCCAUUGUUUGGCGCUUUUGUGCACGGCGGGAGCGGGCGGGAGCGGAGUGUGGGGCUGGAGCGGCGGAGCGGGCAGGAAUCAAAGGGAUUUGAAAUUCUCCCAGCUUCUGGAAAUUCUCCCGGCUUCUAGAGUCGUAUUUUCUUGAUCAUGGCUACUUCUGAUAUUCAAGUGAAGGAACUGGAAAAGCGUGCUUCUGGGCAGGCAUUUGAGCUGAUACUCAGUCCCCGCUCAAAAGAAGCAGUCCCAGAAUUCCCUCUUUCUCCCCCAAAGAAGAAGGAUGUGUCAUUGGAAGAGAUUCAGAAGAAGUUGGAAGCAGCAGAAGAGAGACGCAAGUCUCAUGAAGCAGAAGUCUUGAAGCAGCUAGCUGAGAAGCGGGAGCACGAAAAAGAGGUGCUUCAGAAAGCAAUUGAAGAAAACAACAACUUCAGCAAAAUGGCAGAGGAGAAGCUGACCCACAAAAUGGAAGCUAACAAAGAAAACCGCGAGGCACAAAUGGCUGCUAAACUGGAACGCUUGAGGGAGAAGGACAAGCAUAUUGAAGAGGUUCGAAAGAACAAAGAAGGCAAAGACCCUGGUGAGGCCGAAACCGACUGACUUCAUUCUGGAAACUGACUGUCUCCCCCUCCUCUAAAUAUCCAAAGACUGUACUGGCCAGUGGUUUUAUCUUUGGUUUUGUUUUUUUUUUUUUAAGUUUCUAGAAACUGAUGUAGAACUGUAAAAUUAGAUCCAAACUGUACACUUUCUUUGGAGGCUAGAGGGGAGACCUUCCAUGUUUCACUUUUUCUAAAGUGUUGUCUUUCCAGUGUAGCUAUCUUCUUGUUGCAUCCUUUUCUACUCCAGUGCGCUUGCUACUGGGUUGAUGGCUAGUACUGUAUCAGCUCUGUAAGACGUUUGUGAAAGGAAUAUGUAGUAUACUGUUCCAUGCUGAAUAUGUUACACUUCAAAAAUCUGACUGUCCCAGUCUGCUGAAAUACUGCUGUAACUGAGUGACUAAAUAAAGCUGCACAGUGCUGUUAUCAUGAGAA